UGCUAUUUUUUGACACGUAGUUAGCGGUGUUGGCGGAGUCCUGGACCAUUAGCGGUGCAACUUGCAAUGUCAGGAUUUGACAACUUCAACACAGACUUUUAUCAGUCUAGUUACAGUGUAGAUGAUCAGAACCAAGGAGGAUAUGGCUACAGCAACACAGAUGAGCCCUACAAACCAUAUGGACAGUAUGAUUACUCACAGCCAAUGGGCUACUCGGCAGCUCCAGGAAUGAUGCAGCCACAACAGCCAUACACUGGACAGAUAUACCAGCCCACACCAGCCUUUACCCCAACCUCCUCACAAUCCAUGUACAGCAGCAGCUUUGAAGAUGAGCCCCCGUUGUUAGAGGAACUGGGAAUUAACUUUGACCACAUCUGGCAGAAAACGCUGACUGUGCUGCACCCGUUGAAAGCAUCAGAUGGAAGUAUAAUGAAUGAAACCGAUCUGGCUGGUCCCAUGGUGUUCUGUUUGGCGUUUGGGGCAACGCUGCUCCUGACAGGUAAGAUCCAGUUUGGUUAUGUGUAUGGCAUCAGUGCUAUUGGAUGUCUGGGCAUGUACUGCCUCCUCAACCUCAUGAGCAUGACUGGGGUCUCGUUUGGCUGUGUGGCUAGUGUUCUGGGCUACUGUCUGCUACCCAUGAUCAUCCUGUCCAGCUUCGGGGUUAUCUUUUCCUUACAGGGCAUAAUGGGUAUCAUUUUAACUGCCGCCAUCAUUGGUUGGUGCAGUCUUUCAGCCUCCAAGAUCUUUAUCUCUGCCUUGGCGAUGGAUGGGCAGCAGCUGCUGGUGGCCUAUCCCUGCGCCCUGCUCUAUGGAGUCUUUGCCCUCAUUUCUGUCUUUUGAACUCUUAUCCUCUUUUAAUGGACAAAACGACCACCACCACUCUCACAAACCUUUAUUUGAGGACUGCUUUUUGUGAACACAACAUAAGGAGUUUCUUAGAGAAUGUGGAAUUAUUAUGGUUUGUUCUCACCUGCCCACGUCCUCUAAGAAAUUAUCUUGCUUAUGAUGCAGGUUAAAAUGUGUUCUGUAGUUCUUUGCAAAAUCAGUUCCUUUACCAUAGUGAAAGUUAAGCGUUUAUGGGAGAGAAUAUAUAUAUAUAUAAUUAAUGCAAAUGUCAUCUCUCCAACACAACACUGGUGUUAAGUUUGCAAUGUUCAUAUGCACAGUACACCAGUUUUUUUUUUGUCGUCAUUUAAUUAUUUUUCUUUACAUUCCUGAAUUACUGUUGAUUUGCUCAGCCUGUGUUUAUUUAUACAUUUGAGUCAGUAUAAGUAACUAAUUUUCACCAUUUUUUUAUGUACCAGGAAAAUUAAAUGGGACUGUAAAAAAGCUAGUUUGAACCAAUUUAAAAGAAUUUGUCACACCAAAAUAAAGAUGCUGUCAUUUACUUAACCCCA